AUGUCGAAAGCAGAGCGAGCCACAAAAAGGCAGAAGUUCCUCGAAGAGGAGUCCGACGAGAGCGAUGCCGGAGUUCCCCUCCUCCAAGUCAACGAGGAGUACGCCCGACGAUUCGAGCACAACAAAAAGCGAGAAGAGCUAUCGCGGCUGGAAGAAAAGUUCAAGGAUAACAAGAGGAAGCGAGAUGACGACAGCGAGAAUGACUCCUCCUCCGGCUCCGACGAGGACGAUGUCGCCGAACUAGCGACCGCCGACCUGGACGAGGAGAUCUUUGCGACACUGCAGGCGAUCAAGAACAAGGACCCUCGAGUGUACGAUCCGGAAGUCAAGUUCUACCGCGAAUUCGAUGCUGAGGCCGCGGAGAACGGCGCAGGCGCAGCUGUCAAGAGCGAGAAGCCGAUGUACCUACAGGACUACCAUCGCCAGAAUUACCUUGCCGGCAAGACUGGCGCGGAAGAGGAUGACGAGGAUGAGGACGACGGUCCUCCGGCGCAGACCUACCAGCAAGAGCAAGAUCAGCUAAAGCGGGAACUUGUCGGGCACGAGGAUCUCCCAGGCAUCACCAAGAAGAAAGAGAAAAAGGCGAAGAAACUCACCGACACCGACAUCCGCGAAGCCGACAAGGAUCCGGAAACUUUCCUCUCCAACUUCAUGGCUGCUCGAGCGUGGCUUCCUUCCGACGGUGCCCGCUUCCAACCUCUCGAAUCCGAUGAUAGUGACGAGGACGCCCGUGCAGACGAGUACGAGGAGGCAUACAAUCUCCGAUUUGAGGACCCGGCAAAGGCCAAUGAGAAACUCGCUUCCUUUUCAAGAGACGUGGGAAAAUAUGGCGUGCGAAGGGAGGAGAAGACAGGCCGCGCGAAAGCUCGUGAUCGAGAACGUGAAUUGAAAGAGGCGAUGAAGCGCGAACGCGAAGAGGACAAGGCAAGACUGCGGAAGCUGAAGAUCGAGCAAGCGGAGGAGAAGGUCAAGAGGAUCAAGGAAGCUGCUGGCCUGCGCGCGGAUGACGUGCUGGAUCUGGCAGAGUGGAAGGAGGUGAUUGAUGGAGACUUCGACGACGACAAAUGGGAAGAGGAGAUGACGAGGCGCUUCGGAGAGGAUUACUAUGCGGCCGGUGAGGGCGAGGAAGACAGCGAGGGCGAAGCUGCCGACAAGAAGAAGAAGCGGAAGGCGAAGAAGCCCAAAUGGGACGACGACAUCGAUAUUGGGGACUUGGUGCCCGAUUUCGACCCAGGCGACAAGCCUACAGUAUCUCUGUCCGAUCUCGAAGCAUCAGACGACGAUGGCGAAAAGGGCGUGGCACUUGACGGAUCAGACGGGAGUGACGCCGAAGAAGAGGAAACCCGCAAAAAGCCCAAGUCGAAGAAAGACCGCGCCAAAGAAAAGUCCGAAGCCAAGCGCGCGGCCCGCAAACAACGCCAGCAGAUUGAAUCUCUCGUCGACUCCAAACUGCCCAUCACCAUGGCCACGUCCUCCACUCAGCCAACAUCCGCUCCCACCGGCUUCCGCUACCGCGAGACCUCACCCACGACUUUCGGCCUCACUCCGCGAGACAUCCUCUUCGCCUCCGACGCCGCGCUGAACAAUUUCGCCGGACUGAAGAAGCUGGCCGCUUUCCGCGACGAGGAGAGGAAGAAGAAAGAGCGCAAAAAGCUAAGUAAGAAAGGGAGGGUGAAGAUGUGGAGACGGGAGACCUUUGGCAGAGAGGAGCCUCCAGAGGGAGCCUUGGAGGACGCGGUCGUCGCCGAGGAUGAGAAAGGGGAGGAGGUUGAUGGUGUGGUGGACGGAGAGAGGGAGGGGAAGAAAAAGAAGAAGAGGAGUAAGGGUGGAAAGGGCAAAGCUACAGCAGCGUUGGAGGUUUGA